CGCUCGACACUGACUCCUCUGAAGCUCUGUACGGGUAUGAUGUCGCCCUGCGGACCUUAAACGGGAUAAAAAAGAAACACACUGAAGUGAACAUUAAUUAGGCCCAGGCUCAUGGGUGAUAAAUGGGAACCUCGUCAAACGGAUUAACUCAUUUGCUGUGUGCUGAUUAAGUGUUGAUUACUUUCUAGCGUCGGGGAAGCAGACAGCAUGCUGGUGAUUCGUCUCACUUCCGAUUCAGACGGGAAUGGGACAGUAAUAAGACUGGUUUGUCCAUCAUCCAGCUCUGGCUGCGUGAUUGACUCAGAGGAAGCCAGCAACUGGACUUUGAGCAGUGAAUACAACUCCACCACUGCUGCGCCGGCUCUUUCUUCGGACAAAUGGAGGAAAUGCGAAUUUUGGAUCGGCCUGACUUUAGCCGUGCUCUCGGCUUUUCUUAUAGGAGGAAGCGUGAUCCUGAAGAAGAAGGCACUGCUGCGUUUGGCUGCGAACGGUCAAACCAGGGCAGGUGAAGGAGGACAUGGCUACCUGAAGGACUGGCUGUGGUGGGGUGGACUGUUGACCAUGGGAGGAGGAGAAGCAGCAAACUUUGCAGCCUACAUGUUUGCUCCAGCCACUGUGGUCACCCCUCUUGGAGCACUGAGUGUUCUUUUCAGCGCCGUAUUGUCCUCUCACCUGUUUGGGGAAACGAUGAACCUGCUAGGGAAGCUCGGCUGCAUGCUAAGCCUUUUGGGAAGCACUAUAAUGGUCAUCCACGCACCAGAAGAGGAAGCUGUGACGACUCUGAGUGAGAUGACAGAUAAGCUGUUGGACCCAGGUUUCCUUGUGUUUGCCAGCAUCCUUCUCAUAGCCUGUUUGGUUAUGAUCUUCUACUUCUCUCCUCGCAUUGGUCAUACCAACAUAUUAAUCUAUAUAAGCAUUUGCUCGCUGCUCGGAGCCUUCACCGUGUCUUCAGUGAAGGGUCUGGGCAUCUUCCUCCGUACAGUCUUCGACGAGCCCUCCGUCCUCCGUCAUCCUCUUACCUGGAUACUCCUGCUGACUUUGGUGGCCUCCAUCAUCAUCCAGAUCAACUACCUGAACAAGUCCCUGGACACCUUUAACACGCUGCUUGUGUACCCUAUUUACUACGUGUUCUUCACCACCGUGGUGCUCACCACCUCCAUCAUCCUGUUCAAAGAGUGGGGCUCCAUGUCAGCCGUGGAUGUCGUGGGCACCAUAGGAGGCUUCCUGGUCAUUGUGCUUGGUGUGAGCAUGCUUCAUCUCUUCAAGGAUCUGCGUGUGACUAUGGAUGAGCUGAGGAGUAAUCUGUGCCAGCCUCAGGCCCUGGACAGCCCAGGAAAGAGGGAGGACAAGCACAUCCUCAUUGAGAACGUGGACAGCCUGCCGCCAAUGAGAGAGGAAGGCCCCAGAGUCUUCAUCAUCAGCUGAGCAGAAUGUCAUUUAAAAUGGACUUUUAUUAAACCAUAAAUGAGUAGUCAGGGGAAAGAAAAUAUCUAAUUUAUAUCACAGUUCCGUCAUCAGCCAAGGCGUGUUUGGUAUCUGCUAGUUAGUUUUCUGCUAGAGCUAGGAGGCUAAUGUAACAAGUAGUGAAAGUCAUCGCUGACUGUCAUUCAUCUUUAGUAACCGCUUUAUCCUGGUCAGGGUCAUGUGGAGCUGGAACCUAUCCCAGGAAUACUGGGCCUGAGGCAGGAAUACCUAGAUAGAUAGGUACCCUAGAUAGUAUGCCAGUCCAUUUCAGGGCCAUACACCAUACACACACACACACACACACACACACACAUUCACAGACUCCUUCACACCUAGGGGCAAUUUAGAGUAGCCAGUCCACUUUCUGGACACAAGGAGAACAUGCUUCAGUUUCCAGAUUUUAACAAUUCCCCUUUCGACUUUUUGGGACAGACUGCUAACAAAUAGCAACCCAUGUAAACAAGCUACUCUGGUUCACCAAGAUGGCCGCCCUUAUAAGACAGUGAGGUUUUAUUCAUAUUUAUAGAUUACACGAGGUCACACAGUGUCCUAAAUGUCUUAGCAUUAUUUAAUAACUACAUGCGGUUUGAGGACAAUAUUUACUGGAAAAGAUUUAUUUAUUUUUUUCCCAUUACAUGUGAAGAACUCUAGACUUUUAGCUCCAGUACAAAACUACAGAAGCAAACAUCUGACACUGACCAUAUUUUGGCUGAUAUGAUAUUUGGGUUAAAGUUUUUAACUAAAACCUUCUUAUACUUUCAUAACAUUGUAGUGAUAUCAGAGGUGUGUUCUCUGAGAGGUGAUUUGUGAUGCAGCUUCUGCUGAGGAUUAGCCUUGAUGAGGCAGAACACUUAGAUUUAACUAUAGACUUGGAUAUAGUAGUAUAUAUUUAAUUUUAGAUGCAAUAUUUUUUCAAUAUCUUUUAAUGCUGGUGUUUAUACAACUUUUUCUAUUCAUGGAUUAGAUGGUUUAGAUGGACGUUCACAAAAGUUUGUGCACGGCAUUAGCAGCAGCGUGCACUUCUGGCGGCUUGUCCACAAAGCAUAUUUGUCAAAGCAAUUUGAUGCAAAUCUCUCCAUUCAGCUGCUGCUGCUCUUCACUUGCAUGUAAGGAAAUCUUCCUGGAAGCAAAGUGUAAGGUUCAGGUCAAAACCAUUUCAAAUGCUUAUUUGAAACUGUUGAAACUGAAGCCUUGGAGCAUGAAUAUAUCAAGGUAGUAUAUUACUAUACUAGUAUUUUGGGUGUCUUUUCCUAAAACUGCUGAAUAUUUUAUGGCACUGUUGUAUUGCUUGGGUUUGCCUUUGAAACUUGUACAAAACAUUUUGUGGUUUAGGCAGGUGCAAUGCCAUGCAAGAUGUGUCUGAUUUUAAAAUGUGAAAUGUGUUUCAGAAACUGUGAAAAAUGUAAAGUAGCUGAAGACACGAUGCAUCAGCUGUUGAAUGUGGCUGAGGCUGAUGACUGUCAAUGACCCAUGCAAAUGUUUGUCUAUUAAACAAUAUUUUGUUAACAGCCA